UGUGUCUACGACCUUGGUAACAAGACAAAAUCCAUUUGUUAUUUUCGGUGUACUAUUUUUGUCAGGUCGUCAUCUUGAUUGAUUCGGUAAUGCUGCUAAUCAAUAAGGCACUAUUUUUGUGGACGAUAUGCUGCGUAUUUUUGUUUCUACUAAUUUUAAAAGUCAGUGAAAUUACAUACUGGAAUUGGUUUAUUACGUUUAUACCGAUGUGGUUUCUGGAUUUUACUUUACUUAUCGCAACUAUACUGCACAUGUCUGGAAGGCUUACUCAAAUACUUGGUCGUUAUGAUUUGGGAAGUAAAUUCAAUCAGGCUCUGACACUAAGUUUUAUCCUGUGGAAGUUGGCUGCAGAGAUUACUCUUUGCUUGUAUUUGGAGGGAUAUAUGAAUGUUGCUUCAGACAACCAAAAUGAAGUAUCCACUGCUAUAGGAGUUCGGCAACCACAACAAAUACCAAUGCCAACACCUCCGAGACAUCGGCUGGUUUUCGCGGUGUUUCCUUUAUGGACCACUAUGCUUAUAUGUUUAUUAGCCGCGUGUAGUCAGAUUGUAAAUAACCGUAUGACUGCAGUUUGGGCCUUCUGUGCAAAUGAACAAUCAAGUGAGUGUAAUGAACGGCAGAAGCAACGAAAAAUGGAAUUUCCGCUGGAACAUUGUGAAGCGAAGUAACCAAUUGCCCUAUGGUUUUCUUAAAUAUUUAUUACUUGUUAUUAUGAAACCAAUAUAAUAUACCCUUUAAGAAAAUAUUAUAAUCUUGGGUAUGAGUCCCAAGUAAGUUCUACCUAAACAUCAGAUGCCUUGUACAAAUCUUUCUUUCUAAUAAAAGAUCUUCCGUAUUGUUACAAAA